AUGGCAGCUGCCGAUGUCUUGGCGUAUAAUCAGCAGCCGUGGAGGAGAUGCGCGGAGAGUAAGGCCAUCACCAAGCAGUCAGAUAUUGCGUGGGAUGAGCGCAAUCUCCAGGCCCGGCUACGACUUAUAUCUCUAGCUUGGAUCAAAUGCGGAGAGCAUCGAUCGUUCUCAAAAGGCACAUCACGGCAAGGCAGACCACUAAUAGUUCCUGAUCUGUUCCCACAACCAGUCGCUCAACAUCAUACAAGGCUCGCAGCGCUUUCGGCUACCCAUCAUGCUACAGAGCCUCGCCACGCCGACUCGCCUGCUCGCCGAAAAGGGUCAUGCGCCAGGCCCAUUCCUCGAUCGUCCCCGGCCCCCCGCCAAUCGGAGCGGCGCAAGCGAUCUCGUCCCAGCAUCCUCGGCGAUCCGAUACUCGACGAAAUAGAAAUUGAUUUCGCUUCUGAAGACGGAUUUGUCUGUCGCAAAAGCAAGAAUAAGAAAAAGGGAGGGGCAAAUGGCAACGCCAGCAACGGGAGGCUCCCAGAGGGAUCUAGGGAAGGUAACCAGAGCCCCGACAGAAAUGGCGGUGGGGAUCAGGGUGGUGGUGGUAGCAAUGCAGACCAGGGCGGAGCUGCAGGUGACGGAAAUAAUGGUGGUGGCGGUGAUGGGGGCAAGGAUCAGGACAGGGGUGUAAACAAUGACAACGCGGAACAUGAUUUGUCGGUCACUCCCAAGAGUAAGAAAAAGGAUAAGUCCCAAAAAGGAACGGGAACCGAAUCUCCUCCUCCUCCAACCAACGCGUUUGACGACGGCUCUCUUGACGACGUAAAUUUGAACGACGACGAAGGGAAAAGCGCUAGUUCUGGGUCGCACGCGCCAGAGUCUAAGAGUGGGAUUGGGGCCGCUAUUCAUACCAAAAUCGCAUCGCUUGGUGGUUGGGGCGUCAGCGGAUCCUUGAGUGGUAACGAUGCCCAUACCGACGACACUGGCGACAAGAAGAGCAGCCUUGAGAGCAACCCUUGGAGCACCAGCGGCCCGAAACAAUCAGCAUCUGUAGCAUUUUCAGUCGCCGACACCGAUGCGACACAGAGCAGGACCAAAAAACAAGCAGAGACUCCCCAGGAUGCUGUAAAUGGGGACGAGGACCCAUGGGGAUAUCAGUAUCCGUCCAAGAAAAAGAGCAAAAAGAACGAUCCCGCAUCUGCACCUGUCGCUUCGCCAACUCCAGCAGUAAAUGACGACCUUGCAGGCAAAGAGGACACCAAAGAGACGAAGAACAAGAAAGCACGCGAUUCAUUAGUUGAGGACCAAGACAAGUCAGAUCCCAUGCCGCAGCCCAAGCCAACGUCCAGGCAGGAAGCGGCGAAAAAGGAAGAUGAGGGCUGGUCGUUUUGGGGACUUGGGAAGAAUAAGAAGAAAGCCGAAGAGAGUGUCAAACCAACUGAACAAAUACCACCGCCUCCACCGCCACCGCCGCCUCCUCCCGUGCCACCUUUACCAUCCGCAGAAGCAACGCAACUCACUGAGAAUGUCUGGGCUGGAUCUGGAGCGAAGGAGAAGAAGAAGAGAAGAGAAAAGGGAGCACAGCCUGACAUUAUAGCCGUGCCAGAACCCGAGGCUAAGCCUAAAUUUAAGGUUGCGCCACCUCCAGUAGAGGACGAUGCUUGGGGCUAUACUGCCAAAAAAUCGUCCAAAGAGGAUAAGAGAGAGAAAGAGAGAGAGAAGGAUAGCAAAGACAAAGACAAGAAGAAGACGAUAACCAAGUCAGGCUUGGCUGACGAACCAAUCCCAUCAAAGCUUCCUAUACCUAUUCCUGAUCAACACAAACGUACAAACGGCAACGAAACGUCAGAUGGACUCGACAAAACUGAUCAAGACGAAGGAAGCUGGAGCUUCUGGAGCUUUGCAGGCAAAAAGAAGGGCGACUCAUUUACAGAAUCCGGCGUGGACGAAGGGUCUCACAAGGCGGAAACACAAAGUCCCAAGUCUUCUGGAGAGCGUGUUGACAGCGGCUUGACGAGUAAAGGGGAAAAGGACAAGAAGAAGAAGCCAUCAGCUUCUGAUCCGUCCAAAGGUGAUUCCAAAGCCCCAAAGUCUAGGGAUGAAGGCGUCUUGGACUCUAAAAAGGUCAAAAAGAAAGGGAGCACUGAUUUGGUUCGGCUAGGCGCCUUAGACAAUCCGCCGCUUGCAGAAGAUGCUAACGCUACAGGGCUGGACACGACGGACGCAUUCGGUGGCAGUGUAGACUUCUUCGGUUCUUGGGGUAUUGGUAAGAGCGAUAAGAAGCGAAGCGAUUCGUCGUGGAAGCCCGAUGGCAUCGAAGAACCGACCGACCGCACUCCGAUCCAGGACAAGAAGAAGCAGAGUUUCAAAAGUCCGAUUGAGGUGGUGGGCGAGACUACUGGUGAGAUUGUCCAUCCCGACGACGUAGAGGAGGUCAGGGGCAGCAAGGUUGAGGAUGUCGACAGCUUUGUUUGGACAAAGUCCGGCAGGGCAAAGUCGAAAUCCCAGAAGGAGGCCUUGGCUGAUCCACCUCCUCGUGCGCCAACACCCCCUUCCGUGGACCCUACUGAAUCUGAAAUGGAAGCAGCAGAUCCCGAUGCGGCCACAACUUCUAAAUCGAAAGCGCCUAAGCUGACCGAGAAAGACCUGAAAAGACUCGAACACGAGAAGGAGAAGGCCAGACUUGAGGAGGAAGCACAAGCCAAGGCAGAAGCCGCUCUUGAUGCCAAAGAGCAAGCAGAACUAGCUACACUUACGGACAAGAAAAACAAGAGGAGUAGGUUGCUUAAAUCGGAUCAGACCAGACUCACUUUCCUCCAACAGAGCGUCGCAAAACGGGCUGAGGAACGAGCUGCGCGAGAAGUCAAGGCCAGAGAGGCUGAGAAGAGAGCCGCCGAGGAGCAAGCAGCCAGAGAAGCUGAAGAGGCUGCUCGCAGAGAGGCUGAAGAGCAAGCGGCACGGGAAGCAGAAGAGCGGGCUGCUCGCGAAGCGGAGGACCAAGCUGCCGCCAUCGCCGAUGAAGCAGAAAUCAAAACCUUGGUUGCGAAGAAGAACAAAAAGGGCAAACUAUCUAAGAAGGAUGAAGAAAAGCUUACCCAGCUUCGAGAAGCUGCCGCAAAACGCUCCGAAAGGCGCGCCGCUCGCGAAGCACAAGAGCAAGCUGCUAAGGAAGCCCAAGUGCCAGGAGAGGACGAACCGGAAGUCGAGGCUGCCAACGAAGCUGAAGACGCCAAAGCCGCCGCAGCGACCGAAGCAGGAGACGAUGAUCAGCAGCAAGCCGACCGCGAGGCUGAGGGACAGGAACGGGCUACCCGUGAAGCAGAAGAGCGGGCCGCUGCCAUUAUCAAGGAUGAGGAGGAGGAAUUGGCUGGCCUAUUGGCAAAGAAGGAGAAAAAAGGUAAGUUUCUUAGGAAAGAAGAGGAGAGACUCGUCACUCUUCGGGUAAGUGCCGCAAAACGCGAGAGAGAACGAAAAGCACGGGAAGCCGAACGAGCAGCCGAAAAAGCCGAACGGACUGCCCGAGAGGAGAAGGAAGCCGCCCGAGAAGCAGAGGAGAAAGCUGCCCGCGAGGCAGACGAAGCAGCUCGCGAGGCAGAAGAACAAGCUGCUACUCUUGCCGCUGAAGAAAAAGAACUAACCGCGUUGAGAGAGAAGAGGUCCAAGAGAGGAGGUCGGCUCCUUCGAAAAGACGAGGACAGACUUGCUGUUCUAGAAGACAAUGCUGCAAAACGGGAGGAAGAGCAAGCUGCUAAAGAAGCCGAAGAGGCAGCUCAUGAAGCUGAAUUACGGGCCCGCGAAGCAGAGGAACAGGCCGCCGCUCUUGCUUCUGUCGCUGCUGCAGAGGAGGAGGAGUUGGCCGCGCUGAAAGCAAAGAGAGCCAAAAGGGGAGGCAAGUUGCUCAAAAAGGAGGAAGAGAGGCUUAUUGAACUCCAGAGAAGUGCAGUCAGGCGCACCAAAGAGAAAGCAGCCCAAGACGCAGAGCGGGCUGCUCGUGAAGAGAAGGAGCAAGCUGCUAAAGAGGCAGAGGAACAGGCCGCUCGAGAGGCUGAUGAGGAAGCGAAAGAAGCAGCAGAGCGAGCUGCUGAGGAGGAAAAGGAGGCGAAAGAAGCUGCCGCGAUUGCUGAAGAAGAGCGGGAAAUAGCUCAGUUGCUUGAUAAGAAGAACAAUUCGUUCAUGGGCUUGUCAGGUAAGCUGGAGCAGAGGUUGACUAUGCUCCAGGCCAAGGCGACGAAACGAGCCGAGGAGCAAGCAGCCCGUGAAGCUGAGCGUCUUGCUCGCGAAGCUGAAGAACAGGCAGCUCGGGAAGCUGAGCAAGCAGCCAAAGAAGCCGAAGAGCGAGCAGCCAAAGAAGCAAGAAAGGCGGCUGCGAUUGCUAAAGAGGAGGAAGAACUUGCACAACUCCUCGAAAAGCGGACUAAGACCAUCCGAGGAAAACUCUCACCUCAAGGCGAAGAAAGGAUAACCGAACUUCAAGCCAGGGCUACCAAGCGGGCUGAAGCAAAAGCUGCUCGCGAAGCUGAAGAAGAGGCUGCCCGGGAAGCUGAGCGAAUAGCCAAAGAAGCUGAGGAGCGCGCUGCUCAAGAAGCAAAGCAAGCUGCUAUGGUUGUUGAAGAAGAGAAGGCGCUUGCUUUAUUGCUUGAGAAGAAGGCCAAGUCAACACUGUCAUCCAAAGGGGAGGAACGGCUGAAAGUGCUUCAAGCUAGAGCUGCCAAGCGGGCUGAAGAACAGGCUGCCCGAGAAGCGGAAGAGCAAGCUGCUCUAGAGGCUGAGCGGCUGGCCAAAGCAGCUGCUGCGAUUGCUAAAGAGGAGGAGGAACUCGCGUACCUACUCGAGAAGAAGUCCAAAACAGCCAGAGGAAGGCUUUCGCCUCAAUUCGAAGAGAGACUAACCGAACUUCAAGCCAACGCCGCUAAAAGAGCUGAAGAAAAGGCUGCCCGAGAAGCUGAGGAGCAAGCUGCUCUAGAAGCUGAACGGCUGGCUAAAGAAGCUGAAGAACAGGCUGCUGAAGAGGCUAGGAUAGCUGCUGAGGAAGCUGAGAAGGCUGCCGCCAUUCUCAGGGAGGAGAAAGAGCUAGCUCUCCUCGUGGAGAAGAAGGCCAAAUCAGCAAAAGGAAAGCUAUCGCCUUCGUUGGAGGCAAGACUAAGUGAGCUCAAAGCCAAUGCCUCAAAGCGUGCCGAAGAGAAGGCAACUCGAGAAGCUGAAGAGCAAGCUGCCCGAGAGGCUGAACAAGCAGCCAAGGAAGCCGAAGAGCUUGCCGCUAAAGACGCUGAAGAGGCUGCUGCAAUCGCCAAAGAAGAGAAGGAAAUUGCCCUCCUACUUGAAAAGCAAAAUUCCUUCAGAGGUCUUUCAACCAAGGGGGAGCAGAGGUUGAAUGAGCUGCAGGCUAAGGCGACAAAGCGGGCAGAGGACAAGGCCGCUCGGGAAGCUGAAGAACAGGCUACCUUGGAAGCUGAGCGAGUAGCCAGGGAGGCGGACGAAAAAGCUGCUGCAGUCGCCAAAGAAGAGGAGGAAUUGGCCCUCCUACUUGAAGAGAAAACUGCAUUUAAAACCCUAUCGAGCAAGGACGAGCAGCGAUUAAACAAGCUACAAGCUAGAGCGACGAAAAGAGCCGAGGAAAAAGCCGCUCGCGAGGCUGAAGAGCAGGCUGCCUUGGAAGCUGAACGACUAGCCCGAGAAGAAGAGGAAAAGGCUGCUGAAAUCGCAAAGGAAGAGGAAGAAAUUGCUCAGUUAAUUGAAAAGCAGUCUUCAUUCCGAGGCCUAUCGAGUAGGGGAGAACAGCGGCUGAGUGAGCUACAAGCCCGAGCUACUCAACGGGCUGAAGAAAAGGCUGCCCAAGAAGCUGAGGCAGAGGCUGCUUUAGAGGCUGAACGAUUGGCUAAAGAAGCGGAGGAAAAGGCAGCUGCAAUCGCCAAAGAAGAGGAAGAAAUCGUGCAGUUACUCGCGAAGAAGAAAGCCAAGGGCCUAACCAGCAAAGGAGAGCUGCGACUAAGCGACCUCCAGGCAAGAUCGGCAAAGAGAGCCGAAGAGAAAGCUGCCCAAGAGGCUGAGGAGCAGGCUGCCUUGGAAGCUGAACGACUGGCUAGAGAAGCAGAAGAGAAGGCCGCCGCAAUCGCCAAGGAAGAGGAAGACAUUGCUCAGCUACUCGCGAAGAAGAAAGCCAAGGGUUUGACGAGUAAAGGCGAACAGCGGUUAACUGAGCUACAGGCCAGAGCUGCAAAGAGGGCCGGAGAGAAAGCUGCCCAGGAAGCCGAGGAACAAGCUGCAUUGGAAGCUGAGCGAAUAGCUAGGGAAGAAGAGGAAAAGGCCGCCGUAAUCGCCAAGGAAGAAGAAGAAAUCACUCAGCUGCUUGCAAAGAAGAAGACCAAGGGCCUGACAAGCAAAGGAGAACAGCGCUUGAGUGAGCUGCAAGCCAGGGCUGACGAGAGGGCAGAAGAGAAAGCUGCACAAGAGGCUGAGGAGCAGGCGGCUAGAGAAGCCGAAGAGGCUGCUCGGGAAGCAGAAGAAAAGGCUGCCCGAGAAGCGAAGGAGGCUGCUACCAUCGCCAAAGAAGAGGAAGAGAUUGCUGAGCUAGUCGAAAAGAAGAAGACUAGGACAUUCAGGGGCCUGUCGAGCAAAGAAGAGCAGCGGUUGAGUGAGCUGCAAGCGAGAUCGGCAAAGCGAGCUGAGAAGAAGGCCGUUCGAGAAGCUGAAGAGCAAGCAGCUUCAGAAGCUGAACGACUAGCUCAGGAAGAGGAGGAACGAGCUGCUCAAGAAGCGGCAGAGGCUGAGGCGAUCGCCAAGGAAGAAGACGAACUGGCACAGCUCAUUGAUAGAAAGGCCAACUCGUUUAUGGGCCUCUCAUACAAGGCUGAGAAGAGGCUGAAUGAGCUUCAGGCCAAUGCCGAUGAGAGAGCGGCUCGCGAGGCCGAAAAGCAGGCUGCUCUAGAGGCUGAGCAAGCUGCUCAGGAAGCGGCCGCUGAAGCAGCUGCAGUCGCCGAAGAGGAAAAAGAGAUGUCCGACUUGCGACACAAGAGAGAGAAGAAGGGCAAACUGUCUAAGAAGGACGGCGAACGACUGAGCCAUCUUAAAGAGAAGGCGGCCAAGAGAAAGGAGGCGCAAGCUGCGCGCGAAGCUGAGCUGGCCGCUGCCAAUGCCGAGGAAAACGAAGAUGACGAGGACGAGGAUGGAGACGAGGAGAUGAUGGAUGUUUUUCAGACGGGUGACGAUGCUAAUGACGACGAUGACGACGACGAUAUCGACGCUGAUGAUGACGAAGAAGCCAUUCGAGCGGCAGAAGAGGAGGCAGCUGCUCGUGAGGAAGAAGAGAGAGCUGCCCGAGAGGCUGAGGAGGAAGCUGCACGAGAAGCUGAAGAGGCGGCCAAGAAGUUGAAGAAGAGCUCCAAGAAAGACAAGAAGGAGAAGGAGGAAAAGAAGGAUAGGAAAGACAAAAAGGACAAGAAGGAUAAGAAGUCGCGGGAUCUUCCAUCCGAGGCAGAAGCGGAGCGAGAUGCUCAGCCAGAGUCGGGGCCCAAAGCAGAUCCUGAUUUUGAUAUGAGCCCUGCUGAGAUUGAAGCGCUGCUUGCGCCCAAGGAGACGGGCGCAGCAGGUGCAUUCAGCUUCUGGGGCCUCGGUGGUAGGAAGUCGAAGCCAAAAGAUGAGCCGGAGCCGGAGCUAGAGACUAAAUCAAAUGACGACCGAUCGCAGAAAUCCUCAGAGCGAUCAAGAUCCCUGGGCGGUAGAAUUGCUAAUGGCCUUAAACCAUUCGAACAAACACCUGAAGAAGUAGCCGAUCCCGUCCGCCCACUAUUCCCGCCCCCGCCAGCAUCUAACUCGGAUGAAGAAGAAGAGGAAGCCGCAGAGAUACCAAAAGUCGAAGCGGUGGAUGAUGAACCGGUGGCUAGAGAAGAACCAGCAGCUGACUUUGAACAGGAGGACGAUGGCCUACACUAUGGAGAUGUCAUAGAAGAGACGCCAACCAGGAAGAAGGAGCCGCGACCUCCUCAGGAUGAUCGCUCCAGGAGAAGAAGAAAGGCGGAGGAGCCAGUAGUCGUACCAGUACCGGUAGACUUUCCGGAUAGAGGCGAUAGGGGCACAUCACGAAGGCAUCGAAGACCUUCAGACGUUCCAGGGGGAUUCCCUGGCGAUGAUGGCGACGAAAAUGAGAUUGUUGCCAUCAUUGACGAAGGGCCAAGGAAGGAAAGAAAGUCUAAGAGGCGGCGACCCAAGGAGGAGGAUAUGCCUCCUCCGCCUCCGCAAAUGCCGAUGCCACCACCACCACCACCACCGCCUCCUCCUGUCGUCCCCGAAGCGCCUUUGACGCCACCGCCGGAGCCAAAAUCAUCGAGGAAAGAAAGGUCAAGAUCCAGCCGAGAGAAGGAGAAAUGGCCUGCUGUGGCAUCCCCUCCGCGCAGAGAGAGAGAAAGAGAAGAGAAGCGAUCAUCUAAGCACAAGUCGGAACGAUCGUCUCGGCGGACAGUGGAAAAGGCGUCUUCCAGAGACUCCACUUCUGACAGGGCGGAGCGAGCAGAAAAGUCGGGCAAGUCUUCAGGGCGGGACCGACUCACAGGGAUAUUCAGCAGCAAACCUCCCACUAGAUCAAUGUCUACACGAGAAAAGGAGAGGCGAUCUAGUAUGAACGACAGCAGCAGGCCUCCUAGGCCCAGGAGGAAUACCGUUACUAGCCACGGCCUUGUUUCUCCACCCCCAGAAGAGUCUCCUGAUGUGACAUCGAAGGCUGCCAAAAUCCUCGGAUUCGACAAGUCAGCGUCGAAAAGAAGGUCUCGCAGGGCGCAUUACCAAGAUGAGGAAGAGGCUGUUAUGAUGGGAGCUCUUGGCGAUGAUCCUCACCCAGAUUAUCCACAGGAAAGACAUCGAAACAGGAGAUCUCGCGAAGAUGAAGUCGUCAUGCCGGCAGAACCCUCCAGCCCCGAACACUCACACAGGCGAGCGGCUUCGACUUCAAAGAAGGCGGGAUUGGGCGGGCUCUUUAGCGGUUUCAUGACUCCUAGAGCAUCCAAGGUUGAGACUGGCGUAGAUUUCGACAUACCCGCGGUAGAGACAGACCGAGAAGGUCCACGAGUAUCUAGCCGCAAGAUCAGAAAGUCAGAGCGAGAGUCAGAGCGGACCGGUGAUGAUCGUGAGCGACGACGGAAGCGCAGAGAUGAUAGCGAGACUCGUAAAUUGGCAGAGAAAGAAGCUCGUCGUGAGCGACGGGCUGCUCGCCAACGCGAAGCAGAUGAACAACGUGAAACGGAAGAGCGAGAGGCUCGACGAGCGGAACGACGUCUGCGCAAAGAAAGGGAGAGGGAGAAGGAGAGAGAUAGAGAAAGGGAGAGAGAGGAAGACGUACAGAGAACGUCGAAACGCCAGCGACGCAGGUCCCACGCUGAACCGUCUGACGAUGAAGCCGCCGAACGACAGCGUAGACGUGAGGCAAGGCGUGCCGCUAAAGCUGCUGCCGAGGAGGAGGAAGCCUAUAGCAGGCCGAGGAAGAUCAGUCGGCGCCACACUGAGCCUGCGGUAGAUGAUCAUGUAUAUCCGGCCAAGGAGCGUCGACGAGAACGAGACGGCAAGAGAGCUGCGCCCGGGAUGUGGCCACACUCUGGGACGUCCUCUUGGGUCAAGGAGCAUUCAGAUCCACCUCCGCAUCUAGAUGAUGCUGGACAUAUGACAGAUGCGGUGCAGCACACGGAGGACGAACAGGCCCGGCGUGAGGCCCGGCGCGCUCGGCGACGAGCCAAGCACGAGGAAGUGCCUGUUGAAGAUGCAGACGAGAGACGCCGCCGAGAGAGGCGAGAGAGACGAGAGCGCGAGAAGGAGAAGCGCAAUGGCGCAUCAGAAGGAAGCGAUGAACGCCAUCGAAGCCGACGAGAUUCUGCCGCAUACGCAGAGCCAGCGCCUCGGAGCAGCUGGUGGAGAAAGCUCGCCGGAUGA